AUGAAUGCGCUCUUUGCUCUGGGCUCCAACGGCUCCGGGCAGCUCGGUAUCGGCCACCGAGAGGAUGUGUCGGUUCCGAAGCCUGCGCUUUUCCAUCCCGCGCAGCCAGACUCGCCCAUUGUCCGGGUGGCGGCGGGCGGCAACCACACGCUGUUGCUCAACGCUGCCGGGCAAGUCUUUUGGAGCGGCGACUCCGCGACGGGCGCGUGCGGCCUCGGGCCGCCCGCCAGCGUCCCCGUGUUCCAGGAGAUACGCCUGGUCCAGGACGGCGGACGCAGGGUGGGCGAUGUCUGCCUCGUCGCGUGCACGUGGGAGGCAUCCUUUAUCGUAGCGCAGGAUGCGGCGGGCCAAAAGACCGAGCUGUACAGCUUCGGUGUCGGCGUCAAGGGGGAGCUAGGUCAGGGUGAGCUCAUUGUGCGGACGCCCUCGGCGACCGGCUUCAAAGAUUUCCCGCCGUCUGGUACGGAAAUAGUCGACCUGUCCGCUUGUAUGGGUCACGUUGUCGUGGUCCUGAGCAACGGCGACGCCUACGGCUGGGGUAAUUGUCGCAAAGGACAGGCUGGCGCACCGGAGCAAGUCAUCUAUUCACCGAGAAAGAUAGAGGGUCUCGAAUUCAAAGUCACCCGAGCUGUGUGUGCAAAGGAAUCGACUGCAUUCUUUGGCGAGCCCGCCAGCGGUCACCUCGCAGUGCUGGGCUCCGACAAAUGGAAGCUAUCUUCGGGUAAGCCUGCCCAGGUGCCGCAUUGGGCCGAUGUUGGAGCUAGCUGGGGAAAUAUAUACAUUUUGGGCACCGACGGCACCCUGCUUGGCUGGGGUCGUGAUGAUCACGGCCAGCUGCCGCCACCAAAUUUACCUGAGCUUACCAAAAUCGCCAUUGGCAGUGAGCACGUUAUUGCAUACGCCAAGCGCGGCGAUGUCCUCUCAUGGGGAUGGGGCGAGCACGGCAAUUGCGGGCCCAAGGUUGAAAACAAUGACGUAAAGGGUCGCUGGAAUGUCAUUGCUUCAUCCAAGUAUAUCCCAUCAGACUCGACAAUUGCAAGUAUCGGUGCUGGCUGUGCGACCAGCUGGGUCUGCAUAACGCCCCGGUGA